AUGACGACGGGAGAAGUUCAUAAAAGAGAUGAAGACACCAGUUCAAACAAUAAAUCUGAGGUGAAAAAGAUAAAAUUAGGUGAUUAUAAACCAAAUUUGAGGAGUUCACCUAACUCGGACGUAAAAUCUGAUAGCUCCGAAUCAGAAGACAGCGAUGUCGAACAAAAUAGUGACAAAGAGAAUACGGUAGGGAAUGAUGAAAAGGAGGACAUAGAAGAGAAUGAUGAUAAAGUCGAUUCUACACAAAAUACUGAGGAUAAUGAAGAGAAUAACACUGUUGAUAUUGACGUAAAAAACUCUGUUGUUGAAGAUGAAGAAAAAGGACUAGUGAAGUUCGAAUUUGACGGUGUACAAUUCAAAUUCAAAGAAAGGGCGAGCGUUAUAGAGGAGAAGGAAGGGAAGAUAGAGUUCAGAGUGGUGAAUAAUGAUAAUAGUAAAGAAAAUUUAAUGGUUCUAACGGGUUUGAAGAAUAUCUUUCAAAAACAAUUGCCAAAGAUGCCUAAGGAAUAUAUUGCACGUUUAGUAUAUGAUAGAAAUCAUUUGUCCAUGGCUGUGGUAAGAAAACCGUUGACUGUAGUCGGUGGUAUUACAUAUAGACCCUUUAAUGAGAGAGGUUUCGCAGAAAUUGUGUUCUGUGCGAUUAGUUCGACCGAACAGGUGAGAGGUUAUGGUGCUCAUUUAAUGAAUCAUUUAAAGGAUUAUGUGAAGAAUACGUCACCAAUCAAGUAUUUCUUAACAUAUGCUGACAAUUAUGCCAUUGGUUAUUUUAAGAAGCAAGGUUUUACAAAAGAAGUCACUUUAGAUAAAAAGAUAUGGAUGGGUUAUAUUAAAGAUUAUGAAGGUGGUACAUUAAUGCAAUGUUCUAUGCUACCAAAAAUACGAUAUUUGGAUGCUGGGAAGAUAUUGCUGUUACAAGAAGCAGCUCUAAGAAGAAAAAUUAGAACUAUAUCGCAAUCACAUAUAGUUAGACCUGGUUUGGAGCAAUUUAUGGAUCUAAACAAUAUCGUACCGAUAGAUCCUAUGAUCAUACCAGGGUUAAAAGAAGCAGGCUGGACUCCAGAGAUGGAUAAAUUGGCGCAACGACCCAAGAGAGGUCCACAUUUUGCCAUUAUGCAAAAUAUAUUGACAGAAUUACAGAAUCAUGCAGCUGCGUGGCCAUUUUUGCAACCUGUUAACAGAGAAGAAGUUCCUGAUUACUAUGAGUUUAUUAAAGAACCAAUGGAUUUGAGCACAAUGGAGAUCAAAUUAGAAAAUAAUAAAUAUGAAAAGAUGGAAGAUUUCAUUUAUGAUUUGAGGUUGGUUUGUAACAAUUGUAGGAUGUACAAUGGUGAAAAUACAUCUUACUUCAAAUAUGCUAAUAGAUUAGAGAAAUUCUUUAACAGUAAAAUUAAGGAGAUUCCAGAGUAUUCACAUCUAAUAUAG